AUGACUUCGGUUACUGUUGAUGGAGCAUGUGUAAUGCGGUGCUUAAUCAAAGGAAAUGAAGAUGCUCUGCGUACAAACACAUUAGCAAUUCAAAAUAUUCUAGAUAUUCAGUUUUUAAAACAACAUUUAGAUGAUAUUUCCAUAUUGAAGUUAUUAUUAAAUAAUACAAAUAAUACAAAAUUUCAACUCAUAUUACAACAAUCAACGUUAGUUGAAGAUAUACUUACUCAAAUAUUUGAUUUUACCAUUAGAAUAUCCAAAGAAAAAUUAUGCUAUCCACACUUAAUAUAUAAUAGAAUGGUCAUAGAAAAAUCUGAUUUUGGUUAUGUUAAUGAAUCAACAAUGCCAAUUCAAAAGGAAUUAGAGGUCGCCUAUUUAUCCUCAAUGUGUUUAGUGGAAGCUUCUGAGAACAAUCCAUACAUAUGCAUCGCUAUAUGUAAGUUCAUUAAUGAUUCUGAGGUUUUACUAGCUGGCAUUAAAGAUUUGAUAAAUACCAAGCUUGCUAUCAAAUUCAAUAUAAUAUUUUAUGAUAACCAACCGCGAACAUGGAUUUUAAAGUUUUUAAAAAGAUUAUUAACUUUAACAUUAAAUAAACAACAAUCUAAACACAUCCCUACAGAUGCAAUAACUGAGUUUUUAAAGAGAUUUGAAUAUAUAUUAGUUAAAGAAUUCGAUCAUGCAAUAAAUAACUACUAUAAUGACAUUUCAUAUUCGAUUCUAGUAUUCAAAACAAUUGUUCUGGCUCAUUCAUCAACUUUAUACAAUUUUGAUUUCAACGCUUGCAAUUUAAUAAAAUUGAGUAACUUAUUAAGAAUCUUAUCAAAUACUAUUAAUGAUGAAAGUAAUUGCCUAGAAAUCGAGUCAGAUACAGAGGAAGAAAAUUUAGAUAUUAUUUUUUUCUUUGAGGCAUUAUCUAUAAUAUCUGAACUUUUGUCAGACAAAUCGUUCAUAUCAAAUCUACUAAUCUCCAAAGGCCAUGAUGAAUUUAUUAGUAUCUUUAGAACAAUGCAAUACGAUUUAUUAAUUUCGAUUUCUAAUUUAGAGGAAAAGGAGGUCACAAGUAAGAUAACCAUAAUAAGAAAGAUGUUACCAUUAAUCAAAAAUAUAUCAGGACAUGAAAGCUAUGAUGCGGAUAAAGACGUUGGAAUGUGUCUAUUGAACUUAUCGAAAAACAUAAAAAACCCAUAUACAUUGACAUCAUAUUUCAUCAUACUCUCUUCAAUUUUACAAUUACCAAGUUCAAAAGCAACUGAAAAUAUACAUAAUAUCGAGUUAUUCGAAUAUCUUAGAAUGACAAUAAAUUUCCGAGACAAUAUCCAAUUAGAAUAUUUCAAUACGUUUACCCAGCUGUAUCUUUCACGAGACACUAUCAAUUGA